AUGUCGCUCUCACCGUCUACCACAGUGUCGAACGGCAACGGCAUACACGACGGUUCCGGUCUGGAUCCCAAUCACCCCCAGAAGAGGCGCCGGACGUCGUUCUCGCAGCACAACGGACCGAUGUUGGGCGGGCCGUCGGACGAUGGUAUGAAUAUGAUCCCACCGGGGCACAUCCCCAAGCGGGGCCAGCGGGCGUGCACGGCGUGCAGGAAGGGCAAGAACCGGUGCGAAGGCGAGGCUCCCUGCCGCCGCUGCCAGCUCGCGGGCAUCCCGUGCGUCUUUGAGAAACCGGAAAAGAAAAAUGCCCAGGUCAUGGGUAACGCCAGCGUUGAACGACUUUCGAGGCUGGAAGGACAAUACGUCGUCAUGCAGAGCCAGAUGAUUGGCAUGCAGUCGUCGCUCGACCGCAUCCUGGCUGCGGUACAGGCGCAGGCAAUGCCCCCACCCGGCGCUUUCCCGCCCACUCCUCGCAGCGAGAAUGGCAGCUACAACCCUCCCGGUGUGCGCGGACCGCCCGGGGUGUACGAUCCAGCCCUCAUGGACGACCGUCCAGGUAGCGCCCGCCAAUUCCCGCCACUCCCAGGCUUUGCGCCCCCACCCCACAAAUAUGGUACUUACGGAAUUGUACCCAGCACAGCACCAUCUUCCGACGAUGAGAGCGAGGAUACUCUGCCCCGCUCGACGCUGAAUGCUCCAAUCGAGGCUCUUCAAGGCCUGGCUAACGCUGCAGCCGAGGCGGCAGCAGCCCCAUCAUUCUCUCCCACCCGUGGUGUCAAGAAGCGCAAGCGGGCAGAGCCUAUUCCACGCAAUGCCUUCCCGCAUGUCGUCGAGAAAGGCCUGGUGUCUGACGGAGAGGCCCGCGAGCUCUUCCACAUAUUCUUCUCCGGGUGCCACCUGUUCAUCCCGCUCUUCGAUCCCGCUUACGAUACGUACGAGGGCGUCCGCGAGCGUUCUCCGUGGACCUUCGAUGCUAUUCUGGCUGUCGCAGGCAAGAUUAGAAGCGGGAACAACCAACCUGGACCCACGUUCUACAAGGCUUUGGAAGAGGCGCAAGGCAUCGCCCGCUCGUCACUCUUCGGGCCUGUCGUGCGCAAGGAGGCCGUUCAAGGCAUGCUUCUCCUCGCCGCCUGGAGCACCAAUGGUUGGCUACCCUCCGGUCAUGCCAUGCGCAUGGCGCUCGACCUCGGUCUUCACCGCGCUCUCGAGAAGCUCGCAGACCCAGAGCAUGCAAAGAAGCGCACAGAAGAUGAAGAACGUGACCUUGUUGUCUCUAGCCGUAUAUGGCUCUGCCUUUACUGGUUUGAUCACCAGAUGAGCCUGGGCACCGGCCGUCCGAUAGUGCUUCGCGAUGAGUCGAGCAUUCGCAACUGCCGUAUAUUGUUGUCGCAUCCCAUGGCGUCACCCACGGACGUUCGCCUGAUUGCACUCGUCGAGUUGAUCAUGCAGAAGACGCAGAUCUACGAAACGGUUCACCCUACGCAUGGGCAGGUCAACCACGCCACGCUCAGCUUCAUCCGCCGCGCGAACGUGGCGUUGGAUAAAUGGUGGCAGGACUCCGACGAGCUUCAUAGACAGUCUAUGGACGAGGACAGCCUCUUGCGCAAAGUUCUCGCGGGCGAACUGCACUAUGCAAAGCUCUGGCUUGUCUGUGUGGCUCUCCGCGACGUCAGUUGGGAUAAGAUGCCCUUCGAACAGCGCGAGCUUGCGUUCCAGGCUAAAGACGCAGCGUCGAACUGUCUCUCGACCUUCCUCGGCAGUCCCGACUAUCGGGCGGCCCUCAGGUACGCUGUGCACGAUAGUCUCGUGACGGCGGCAUUCUCUGGCCUGUUCCUGCUCAAGAUGGCGAACCUGUUCCCCACCGAACUCGACCUCGGCGCAAUCACCGUCCAGGUAGAGCAGCUCGCCCAGCUUCUCUCGGAGGUAGCGGCUGAGCGCUACGCGCUCACGCUUCGUAUCAUGCUUGCCAAUCUUCGCCGCAAGAUGGGCAUGCUGCCACCACAAGGCGCAACGCCUGGCGGCGGACCGGACGUGAUGUCAGGGGCUUUCGAGACCCAACCCGCCCCGCCACCGUUCACGAUGGAGGAGCUGGGCUUCUCCUGGCCCAACUCGCAAGCCGCACCUCCGCCGUUGCACCCCAGCGACAUUCCUGUAUGGCUCCAGGAGCAGAGCAUGACGGACCUCGGUUUGCCCGUGAACGGCUCAGACGGCAUCUUCAUGAACCUCACUCGUGUAACGGGAUGGCCGGGCGACUUCAACUCGAUGCCCGAGGCGUGGCCUGUCGUGCCUUUUGCUGUAGCUGUAUGA